UGCUGGCAGACGGUCCCUAGCCGCAGCGGGCGGUGCUGCUACAUCACUGCAUGAAUGACAGCGCACUGGACCGACGCAGGGAAACACUUCGCCGCUUCUCAGGAGCCGUGUCGGUCCGUUUGAGCGGCACCUCGCCUCACUUCACCGAUACAUCCGUAGAGAGACAUGUCACCGUGAAGAGACAGCGUCCAUCUUCGCUGGAUUUAAAGCAUGAAGGGAUGACCAGCGUGUAGAGCUGACAGCAGAGGAGCUGACGGUAAAUGAGAGGCCGUCACCAUGCCCCCAGGGAAGUAUGGGAUGCAGGAGGAAUGGGAGAAGAAGGGGGACCAGGAGAUUGUGAUGGACUUCCUGCUGCCGACUGGGAUCUUUCUCAAAUUCCCUGUGUCUCCAAACGACACCAUCAAAACCCUCAAAAAGAUGGUUUGGAAAAAUGCCAGAAGCGAGGCCCUCUUCAGUGCUCUGGGUGAUCCCGACGCAUACGUCUUCACCUGCAUCAACCAGACGGCAGAGAGAGAGGAACUGGAGGAAGAAUGGAGACGCAUAAGCGACAUACGGCCCUUCAUGUGUGUUCUGAGGCUGGUGGCGAGGGAGGGCGACCGGGUGGAAAAACUCACCAACACACAGAUCAGCUGGUUGAUCGGCAAAGGUCUCCAUGAGUUUGAAGCCCAGAAGAACCACGAGGUGAAUGAGUUUCGGACGAAGAUGCGUGCAUUUUGUGAAGAGAAGGCUCAGGAGCGCCAGAUGUUGCCAUGGCAGCAGUGGAUGGAGUACAGCUUCCCAUGUGACCUGGAGCCGUGCGUCUCCCCUCCAGAGUAUGGGAGCGUAAAGUCAAAAAACACCAAGAAGAUGUUCAUCAAUGUCAUGUUUGAGGCUUCAGAUGAAAGCUUCAUGCUGCAGCAGGACCCCCAGGACCCCCCAGUGGCUCUGAUAAGGAGUGCCCUGAAGAAGAAGGCCACGGUCUUUCGCUCCGUGCGACAAGAGCCGGAGGAUUUCACCUUGCAGGUCAACGGGAGGUGGGAGUUCAUCUACGGGAAACAUCCAUUGUGCCAGUUCAAAUACAUCUUCCACUGUAUAAGAAAUGGCCAAAACCCUCUGGUCACCAUGGUACACCACUCCACCAUCCGCAGGUAUCAGAAUGACCAGGGCCUGUGCAGUCAGAUAUACAGAAACCGCUCCUUGUCCAGACCCCCUCCACUGCCCCUGAAGAAGCAGAACACCUCCUCUCUAUGGUCCAUCAAUGAGCCUUUCUACAUUCACCUGCUGCAGGGCAGCCGAGUCAAUGCCGACGAAGGAAUGAAGCUUGUGGUGCAGGCCGGCCUCUUCCAUGGCAGCGAAUUCCUCUGUAAGGUGGUGACAACCAUGGAGGUGUCCGUGUGCUCUGAGCCGCUGUGGAAUCAAAAGCUGGAGUUUGACAUAAACGUGGCUGACCUGCCUCGCAUGAGCCGCCUGUGCUUUGCACUCUAUGCUGUCAUCGAGAAGGCCAAGAAACCCCGCGGCACUAAAAAGAAGAAUAAGAAAGCGGAUUGUCCGAUAGCCUGGGUGAACACCAUGGUGUUCGACUACAAGGACCAGCUGAAGACUGGGGAGUUCCUCCUGUCCACAUGGCCGUCUGUUCCUGAUGACAAAACCGACCUGUUCAACCCAAUGGGAACGGUGGAGAAGAACCCAAAUGUAGACAGUGCUGCCGGGCUUCUCAUCCGCUUCCCAAACAUCCGGCCACAUCCUCUCUAUUACCCUCCACUGGACAAGGUGGGUGACAUGGAGAAGAAUGAUGAAGCAGCCAAUGCAACAAAAGAAGAGCUCAUAAAACUAAAAGUAAUCAUGGACAACAAAAACUACACAGAGUUCUUUGAGGAUGAGAAGGACCUUCUGUGGAAGCUCCGCACAGAAGUCCGUGACCGUUAUCAUGAAAGUCUGUCCAAGCUGCUCCUCAUCACCAAGUGGAACCGACGCGAGGACGUAGUUCAGAUGGUGAGUUUACUGAGUAACUGGCGGGACCUCCCUGCCAUCCAUGCCCUGGAGCUGUUGGACUACAGUUUUCCCGACCCAGCCGUGCGGUCUUUCACCAUCAGAUGCCUCAGGAAGCUCAGUGAUGCUGAACUGCUGCAGUACCUAAUCCAGCUGGUCCAGGUCCUGAAGUACGAGUCCUACUUAGACUGUGACCUCACCACUUUCCUGCUGGAAAGGGCUUUGUCCAACUGGAGGAUAGGACACUUCCUGUUUUGGCAUCUCAGGUCAGAGAUUCAUGUGACGUCUGUGAGUUUACGUUUUGGUCUGAUUCUGGAAGCAUACUGCAGAGGAAACAUCCACCACAUCAAGCUUUUAUCCAAACAGAUCGAGGCCCUGGGCAAAAUGAAGGCCCUGAGUGACUUUGUGAAGUCGGGCUCCCAGAAGAUGACAGCGGAUGACCUGAAGCUGUGUAUCAGACAGGAGUCGUACAUGGAGGCUCUGUCAGACCUGCUGUCCCCGCUCAACCCCAGCGUCAUCCUCGCUGACAUCUGUGCAGACAGGUGCAGGUUUAUGGACUCCAAGAUGAAGCCGAUCUGGCUGAUGUAUAACCCCAAGGUUCAAGAAGACAUGGUUGGCAUCAUCUUCAAGAGCGGAGAUGAUCUUCGCCAAGACAUGUUGACCCUCCAGAUGAUCCAGCUCAUGGAGAAUUUAUGGAAGAAAGAAGGCCUGGAUCUCAGGAUGAUCCCAUAUGGCUGCUUGUCCACUGGGAACAAGAUGGGGCUCAUUGAAGUUGUGAAGAACUCCGACACCAUCGCCAACAUCCAGCGUAACAGCAGCAACAGUGCCUUAUUAACCGCUGCCUUCAACAAGGAUGCCCUUCUCAACUGGCUCAAAUCUAAGAAUCCUGAGGAUAAACUGGAGCAGGCAAUAGAAGAGUUCACACUGUCCUGCGCUGGCUACUGUGUAGCUACUUACGUCCUGGGCAUUGGAGAUCGUCACAACGACAAUAUCAUGAUCAGGGAAACUGGACAGCUGUUUCACAUUGACUUUGGGCAUUUCCUGGGCAACUUCAAGCGGAAACUGGGGAUCAACAGGGAGCGUGUGCCGUUCAUCUUGACCUAUGACUUUGUCCAUGUGAUCCAACAAGGAAGGACAAACAACAGUGAGAAGUUUGAGAGGUUCAGGGAGUACUGCGAGCGGGCUUACAAGAUCCUGUGUCGGAACGGGACGCUCUUCGUCAACCUCUUCGCUAUGAUGAAGGCAGCAGGACUGCCAGAGCUCACCUCCUUCAAAGACAUCCAGUACCUAAAGGACUCACUAGCUUUGGGCAAAUCAGAGGAAGAGGCACUGAAGAAUUUCAAGGUAAAGUUCAACGAGGCUCUACGGGAAAGCUGGAAGACCAAGGUCAACUGGAUGAUGCACUCCCUGGCCAAAGAUAACAGACCCUGAAAACCAUGGACCAAGGACACCUGAUGAAUGACCAAAAAUUGUGGAUUUUAAGUUGUGGAGAUAAACUGGAAGAAAACUUGAUUGGCAUUAUUGAUGGCAUUCAAAGACUAUCUGCACAUGUUUACAUCUGACUUGCCAAUUUGUGGUAAAUAACUACUAAGUGGAGGCAUCCAAAGAAAAUAAAACCAUGGGAAUGCCUUUGACUCAAGGACAUCAACAAUUAUAAACACACUUUUUUUAUGUGUUAAAUUCGCUACUUGAAAAGCCACCUGUACGUGCAAAUAUUGUCCUGAAAGGAAGCAGACACUGAACAUGUAUCUCAACAACUGCAUUGCUCAGCAGGGAGCAAAACUUCAUGAUGACAUUAUUCAGUCACGGAGUUCAAUAACAAAGCGACAGUUUCACCUCAAGUUUAUUUUACCGUUACCUCCCUCAAUGGCUGUGUGUUAUUUGCUCUCAUGUCAGUAUACUCAACAAUAUACGCAAUUGUGUCUUGUUUAUUUGAUUUUAUUGUAUUUAACCCGGUAGCUCUGGAGUGUUUGUACAAAGCCAUGAGGGAUAUUUUAAACAAGUUGUUGUGUUUUACUGCUGCACUGUUGUGUAGUAUUCCCUUGAAGUGCAGUAUGUGGCCAGUACACAGAAAGCAUUGUUACAUUUACAGUUUAUUAUAUAAAAUGAGAUACUUUUAAAUGGGACCUUUAUUUUGAUACCACCCCUGGUACCAAACAGCUACUACAAAGAAAUAGACAUUACAUGUUGGGAAUAAAACAUAUUUGCUUUGCUACUGAGGGUUGGAUAAAACAAUGUAUUGCACUCUUGUGACAGCCUAUUGAAUGUGAAUCUGGAGCUAACAGACUUGAGCAUUUCAUAAUUUCGCUCACCUUAGUUUAGCUUAAAAACUGAAAACUGGGAGAAACGGCUAGCCUGGCUCGGUAGAAAUGUAACAAAAUAAAAAGCAUACAAAACGUUUUAGGUACUGAUAUAGGUGGACUGUUUUUACCUAUGAACGGAGCCAGGCUAGUGGUUUGCAUUUGUUUUCAGUGUUAAUGCUGGCAUCCCAACUGAAAAAUAAUGAAUUUAGGUGCUAGGCAAAGAUAAUAAGAUGUUUGGUUGAAGGCUCAGGAGAACAUUUUUGAAAACAUUAGCUGUAUGGACCUGAUCAGGAAUCUCUUAGCAAUAGACUUGUGGUUGCGUUCCUCAAAAAUGUUCCCUUUUUUAAAUGUACGUUUUGCCUAUACAAUCUCAUAUGGUGUGUGUGCGUGUGCCUGCGUGUUUGUGCAUUUAGUUAUGCACUGUAAUUUCCAUUGCUUUUUUGAACUGAGGUGCCAUGAGAGAUUUCAUACUUGUACUGUCAAACACCUUUAUACACUUUUGCUGUGUGAAUCAACAAUUCAUGGUGCGUUCUGGAUACUUUACAUGCUGUAUCUGUCCAGUCAUGCAAAAAGAGGAUGGGCCUACCUUUUUGCAUUAAAUGUCAUGUGAUAUUU